CCGUGAAAUUGAUUCUCGAUUCGAUCAUUCUUCUUUUUCUUCUCUAUUCAUAUUCGUUCAGUCUCUUUUUCUUCUUCCCAAUUCCUAAUUCCAAUGGAGAACGACACCACCGCCACCAACAACGGCACGGCCAAAGUAGGUUCAGGCGGAGGAGGAGUCAAAUCCAACAAUCACAUCCGUGAAGAAGAAGAAGAACAUUCCAAUUUGAAUAGCGUAGAAAACCUACCAGAAAAAAUAGAAGAAAACGAUGAACACGAAGCGGAACAACAACAAACUGGAUCUGAAACCAAUACUCAACAACCUUCCAGAACUCCUUUCACUAAUCUCAGCCAAGUCGAUGCUGACCUCGCCCUCGCUCGAACCCUUCAAGAGCAGGAAAGGGCGUACAUGAUGCUGAGAAUGAAUAAUGAUGGAAGCGAUUAUGGAAGUUGGGAGGGUGGGAGCUAUUUGCAUGAUGAUGGAGAUGAUUUUGAUGAUCUACAUGACGGCACUGAUGUGGAUGAUGAGGAUGAUGAUGAAGACGAUGACAACGAGGAGGAUUAUGAAGAUGAAGACGAAGAUGCAUUUGACGUCCAUGAUCAUGCUAGUGUUGGAGACCGUGAGAAUAAUCCCGUCAUUGAAUUUGACCCGGAGUUGUUUUCAAGUGAUGAAGCUUAUGCAAGAGCAUUACAGGAGGCUGAAGAGAGGGAAAUGGCAGCUAGACUGCUUGCUCUUGCUGGGAUACAUGAUCUUUCGUUUUCAAUUACAGAGGACGCUGAGGACAUGGAGGAACAUGCUGCUAACUCUCAGGAUGCUUGGGAGGAUGUUGAUCCAGAUGAACUUUCAUAUGAGGAACUACUGGCACUGGGUGAGGUAGUAGGAACUGAGAGCAGAGGUCUUUCGACUGAUACUAUUGCCUGUUUACCUUCAGUCAACUAUAAGGCGGGGAGCGAUCAACUUGGGAGCAAUGAUUCGUGUGUCAUUUGCCGGGUAGACUAUGAGGAUGACGAGUCCUUGACAGUUCUUUCAUGCAAGCAUCUGUACCAUCCCGAGUGCAUUAACAACUGGUUGAAAAUAAACAAGGUUUGCCCUGUUUGCAGCACAGAGGUAUCUGCUUCUGGGAGCAAUUUGUAGGGAGAAUGAACAAUUAUUUCUUUCGAAUUGAAGAAAAUUUGUACAAGUUGAGAGCGCUAUUGUUCCUUAUUUUAAUAGCAUUACGAAUAUGGGGAGAUAGUCUCUGCUUUGUUGUAUAUCUAGAUCCUUCGUUUUAAUUGCAACAUGUAACUUUUGGAAUCAGUUCUCUUGAUUGUCUUAUUUUAAUGGAAUGACUGGCAUUAUAGUGGGUGGUCAGGUAUGGCGGGAGGAAUUAGACUACUUGUUAUGCUUGUUCCGAAGAAUCAGAACUAUCAUCCUCUCCGUUUUCUUUUUUU